AUGAACAAAGCUGUGUUUUCGCCUUAUUUUACGCCGAUUCUUAUCUAUGUGCUGCUCCUUCUACUUACGGUAGCGCUCAAUGGCUUGCCUCUCAUCUUAACCCAGUGGCUAAACCAUUACGACGGCCACUGGGAUCUCUUUAAGGCGCUUCUUUUUCAAGUCAUUGAAGAUACACAGGAUAUUUUAUUUUCUGUCCAAGAGCCGAUGCUCUCCGAGUUCGUGUCGGAAAUUUUCAGAAAAAGUCCCGGCAGAGGCGGGAAGGAAUGGAUUACAAAGCCUGAUUGUUUGAGCUCUGUCCUAAGAGUCUGGGUGGUGAAACUCCCUACUAUUACAAUCAGUAUCGUCUCGGCUCUGCCGAAAACGCUGUUCUCGUUAUUUACCUUACCGGUCGUUCUUGCAGUAUGGACGGUCUGGUAUUCCUUAUUCGAGCCUUCCGUCCAGAAGAUGCAGGACGACAAAAAGGAAAGAGACAGAGCAAUGUACGUUUGGGCCUCAUGUGGAAGGUAUGCAGACCACCGUUCUAAUAGCUAUAGACAAUCGGAAGAUGGGGAUGACGAGAACGAACGGCAAGAUUACUUCAUCGCCUCACAGCGACUCAUUGCGACGCAGGUGCUCUGGAAAACACUACGUGUGGCCUGCUGCGUCGCUUUCGCUUCUUUUACCCGAGGACAAAACAACCCCUCAGCCAUCCGGAUGUUCCAUCAACUGGUUUCUAUGGAGGCUGCGUUUUUGAAAGAACUGCAGAGCCGUAAAAAAGCACUCAAAAUCAUUUCAGCCCCAUUCGUCCAGCAGGCGGAUCUAGAAUCGCUCGCUGAAAUCGGAAUGUUGCCUCCUUUUGAGGCACGCAAGGAAGCUCCUCGGAUUAUGAAAUCCCACCGUGAACCCGGGUUCCGAGAAUGGUGUCGCCGAAUUCCAGUGCUUUGGACAAGUCUCGAUGCUGCGGGCCGGUCGUCUCUGAAAUGGAGUCUUGAGGGCAAUAGGACUAAGGAUACCCCACAAGGCGCAGUCGGCGUUUUCCACGAGCAAACUUGCUAUUACGGCACGAUCAAACGUGGCCAAGAGUUGAACGCUGAAUCCGUAGAUAAUAAGCUGCUCCCUAUACCAAAGGAAAGCAGGCGCUGGUCAAUAGGAGACGACAAACAUAGAAAUUGUCUUUUAGUCUGA